ACAUGCGUCCAUAUAUAUUUUAUUGGUGUCCAUAGACAAUAUCAUUAAUUUGCAGUACGUAUAACUUUAGCGUAAUUUUUAAAAGCCCCGAAUGUUGGGAAAUUUAUGCGCUAAUGAAAAAAUUCGAAUACCAAAUCAUAGUUGCGCAUUUUAUCUAAGUUAUGUCCAAAUUUCAUGAAAUUCCAAACAACAGCAAGCAGUCCGUAGUCGUUUUUAUGAGCGGUAUUCUGACACGGCGUUACGGUACUUAGCAGAUGUGGUGCGUACAUUUUUUGGCGCGAAAAAGCGCGUUUUGUAACAUUCCUACAUUAAUUUUCUCACCGUAGGUGCAUAGGCAUUUAUUCUACACGCUAAACCUCGAAUUAACUUUCUACGACCAGGCUGCCAGGGGUUAAAGCUAUACAAACCACCAAAGUACGACACUCGGAAGACAUAUUUGCGACCGACCGACCUGUGUACGACCACAUAUUUCAAGCCUUGAACAUCGUUUCUGCUGCGUCGAGACUAGAGCAUACGAUUCCAGGAUUUUCUGAAAUAUCGCAUAAAGUAGAUAUGCUCCUUUCAAUGAGGUCUGGAUUGCUUCAGUACAGUAGAAGUGCAAAAUUCAAACCGUUUUUCAAUAAUCGAGAUCAAGUUUCUACACUAAAAUAUAGGAAAACGAAUUCUGCACUAUCCAAAUGCAAAAGGCUAUUUCACACAACUAAUCGCCAGGGAAUCAAUCCUAUCUUUGCUUUGAUUUUCAAAGCGCAUGGAGUGAAAGUUCUCAAAGGUGCAAGCAUUAUCUUUGGACGAACAUUUAGAAAAGUUUAUGAUAAGCUUCCUGAACAUAUUCGAGUACAGAUGCAAAAACAUAAGAUUAUAUUCACUUCAAUGGCUGUACUGACUCCUGCUGUUGGAUAUUAUUCCUAUGUUCACUAUGACACUUGUCCGAUUACCGGUAGGAAAAGAUGGAUCACUUUUACUCGUGAUCAAGUGAUUGCCUUAUCCGAACUUGAUUAUGAACAAUUGAUGGUUAAUUUCAAAGGCAAGUUUGUUGAAGAAUCUCAUCCUAUCUUUCAAAAAAAUCAAAUUUUGGUAAAACAACUUAUCGAAGGAAACACUGAUAUUGAAACAGUCAAGAAUACAACAUGGACCCUGCAUGUGAUAGAUGAUCCUGAAGUAACCAAUGCUUUUGUGCUCCCGAACGGUCACAUUUUUGUUUUCACAGGAAUGUUAAAAAUGCUCAAUACAUGGGAGGAGAUGGCUGUCAUACUUGGACAUGAAAUGUCACAUGCAAUUCUUGGGCAUUCUCAGGAACAACAAAGCUAUCUUGCAUUCGGAGAGUUACUGAUGGUUCCACUGCUGGCUUUUAUUUGGUUCUAUUUUGAGGAUUUUUUAGCAUUUCUGGUGUAUUCAAUUCAACAAUAUGUUUACCCAUUGUUAUUCGAAUAUGGAUUCAACCUUCCCUACGGAAGAAAAUUGGAGGUGGAAGCUGAUGAAGUUGGACUACUUUUAGCAGCGAAAGCAUGUUUUGAUCCCAGAUGGAGUGUUUUGUUAUGGGAGAAGAUGGCAAUGAAGGAGGCUUUGGAAGGAAAUGGUGAUGCUGAUGAUUUCGAUUUUUUAUCAACACAUCCCAGCAAUCAGAAGAGAUCUGCAAUUUUGGAAGAAAAAUUGCCAGAGGUUUUGGAGAUAAGAAGAAAAUGUAAUUGCCCACCCCUCCCUACUAAUGUCAAUCCUGAAGCGGUCGCCCAUCAAAUGCGAAGAUGUGUUGAAAAUAUAAAAGAACGAACUGUUCUCAUGGAGGAAUUGAAUCGAGCAACUUCAAUUUUGGAUCAAGAAAACUUUAUCAGAGCUAACAAAUUAGAUUCUGCAGAAAUCAAAGAACUUGAAAAGCUGAAAAGAGACUCUGAAAAAAUCAGAAACAAAUUACAAAAAUUAGAAGAUGAAUACAAUAAUCUCACAAAUGCGACUCAAUGUUCAACAAAUGAGCAAGAUCAAAAGGAGGAAAAGCAUCCAGGGGUACUUGCAAACAUUUGGUACAACCUUAUAGGCUCAAUAUAUACGACUGGCAAAUUAACUGAUACACUUUUCGAAAAAGAAAAUCUCAAACUUUCUACUGUUAACAUUAAUAAGUCAGCAUUGAAAACAACAUGUACCACAUCAAAUGGUAGUCUCUUGGAUAAUGAUAAAUCGAAAUAAUCUAGAAAAAUCUUUUUUACAAAUGUGAAUAUGGAUCAACAUAUUCUUAUUCCUGGUUGUUGAAGAAGGUUCAAUAGCCAUUGCUAUUUAUAACUGCAUGUGUUAGGUGUUACAAUGUACUAUGAUCGAAUUGUAUCACUUUAUAUAUAUGUUUGUCAUGCCUUAUUUUGUUAAUAGAUAAAAUUGUUAGGUAAUAGUCUAUAUAUGCAAGAACAUGAUGAUUGAAUGUUUACUUUUUAUUUCUUUGAAAGUUCAGUGAUUUUCUUCCGCUAUAUUUUCUAAUUUAUUUUUUGUAGCUGUGAAAGGAUGAUUUUGAUUAUUUUUUCAACAAAAAAUUUUCGAGGCACUGUAUUGUAAUUGCAAUCAUCAUAUAGUAAAUAGAUAACUAAUUUAACGACAAUAUGUCAAUCUUAAUAUGUAUAUAGAAGAGGUAUAUAAGAGGUAUAUUGGUCAGAAUAGUUUUUAUGCACAGCUUUCAUUUUAUGUUUUUUUCAUUGUUGCUCAGUUUGUAAGAACUAUCACUUAUUAAGCUUCGUUAAUCUGGCCACCCAUGAAAACUCAUGAGAAAGCAGAUGAGCCAAAAAGAUUCCCUACAGAAUUUUUAUACAGUAAGUGGAUGUCAUCUCAUUUUUGGUAUUGAUCGGGACAGAGACUAUCUUAUAGACCUCUGUGUUAUAAAUUAUUUUAUCAAAAUCAGUAUGUGAUGUGAUUUUGAUAAAUGACUUGUUAUUUUGUGCCAAUGUCCAUCUUGAGAAUUUGCAUUAUUUUAGUUCCAAAUUCCAAUAUGACCAAUUCUUUAAUAAUUGAAUAUAUUUUUUUUUGUAGAAUUGUUUAAUAAAAAAUUUAUAUUA